CCGGACCCGACGACGAGCAAAAACGGCCACCAGCGUACACACCGCCGUAGGAUGGAGACCUUCGCGGUCGUACUAGCCAGCCUCUUUGUUUACCGUGGGCUACCCACAGCAUACGCGUACGAUGUCGUGUUAGGCGUGCUCGUGCCUCAGUUGACCGACGAGACUCUGGAACAAGCCGUGUGGAGUGCGAUCCACGACGCAUCGCUGGACGACCCUGCAUUGAACGUGACCACCGUGGUCUUUGAAACAGGUUGCAACGCAACUGGGACGCUCGUAGCUCUCCAAGCAUUUGCCUCGCAACGGGUCACAGCCGUCGUGGGGCCAACAUGUGCCGAAGCCUGUCGGCACAGCGUUCCAUUUGGAGCGCUGCAGCAGUGGACACAAGUGACUGCCGGGUGUGGGGCGUACGUCGUACCCACCGAUGAUAUAUACAACCGCGUGUAUCAAAUAGCUCCCCCCGACUCGACCAAGCUCCUCGCAGCAGAACUUGUAGCCAAAACGUACACGGGAGGUGGCACCGUGGCGUAUGUAGUUCCAUGGACGAGCGACUGGGUCUCGACGUUGGCAUCGCUGCGGGGGGUCGUCCCGUCCGCCCGAUGGUUCUUCUACGACGCCAGCACCCUCGCCGCGGUGCUGGUCGCAGUGCACGCGACCCCCGAGGUCAAGAUCAUCGCGUUCGAUGUUGAACCCUCCAUGUCUGUGACAUCGUUUGUGUCGAUGGCCCAGCGGUCCACCGUGGCGCUGCUUGGGCUUUCCGUCGACCUGGACUUACUCCUACGAGCGAUCCCACUCUUUCAAUCCACAUCCCAUCUGAUAUCGAUCGCGUUUUCGAAAUCGCCCUCCACCAACCUCACCCAACCUAUAACCGUCACCUCCGCCUACAUGUACGACGCGACCAUCACAGCGUGUCGUAGCCAAAAACCAUCGUCGUUUGCCCUUUCGGCGCACACGGGUGCGUCCGGCGCCAUAGAUUGGAUACAACGGACGAGGGCCCCGCUCUUCCAGCUGCAAGUCGUGCCUGCCUCUGGGGGGGUCGCGGUUAUCCUGGGCACGUUUGCACCUGUCGGGUCGACAUUGGUGUACACGGACAGCCAGCCACCCGCCGCCGCGCCUGUGACGUGGAGCACCCUGCUGUCCUCAUCAUCGCCUGGGACGUCGUCGCCGUCCAAAACACUCCCGUACGGACCUUCCAUUCUAGGCGCGAUUUGCCUCUCCAGUGCGUGCAGCUUAGCGUUUUUGAUUCGCAUGUUUCUGCCGCCAUAUUGGCUCGUGGGCAUGUUCUUUGCCGGGUUUGACCGACAAAAGGACACGGUCAGCGAAGAUACGUUCCAGGUGUACACGGUCCAGGAGAAGGACGCCGCUAAACGGCGCAAUUCCCAAGUGCUUGUGGUGCAAACCAUGCUUGAUGUGACCAAUCUCGGGCUCGGCCUCGCCGUCUACUUUGGGUUUGUCAUCGGUCAAGACAGCAGCAUCCCGCGCAUCGCGUUCUACUCGAUUGCACUUGGCAGUCAAGUCGCGUUUCUCCCGUCGUUGCUGUCGUCGCGGAUGCCCAUGAUCCUUCGAUACACCAAGUACCGCCGGUUUUGCACCAAAGACAACAAAGUGGCCGCCAACACCGAACUCGACUACUCGUUUCCGACCCAUAACCACCACAUUGGCGGCGGCGGCGUCGUCGUCGCAGGUGGCACGCGUAUCGAAAUCCCCGCCAUCAUCUUUGGCCUCGAAUCCUCGUUGCGGUACAUCGAGCAAGAACAUUUGGAUGUGGCGAGCUCGCUGCUGCGGCUAUGGCUGGAAGAAGUGCCUGUUUUAGGCAUUAACGUGUACUACCUGCUCGAGGGAGUCGUGUCCGACACGGUCGCAAUCGUGUUUGUCGCGACGUUUGGCACGAUGGUCGCCACGGGCUUCAAGCUGCACCUUGUGAACCGGUUGAGUGAACUGUACUUUAAACGACGAGGGGUUCUCUUUGACAUUGCCAUGGCACGCCUCGAAAGCAAGCAGCGGCGGUCGUCGUACAACUAACGUUAACACAAUAUACUAUUGUCACAUCGAUUCGAA